AUCAGAAAAGCGCUAUCUAUUACUGAUCCGCAAUUACAACUAGGUGGUACAUAUAUCUGAUAACUGUUGAUUGUAAUGAGAUAUGGAUGAGAUUGAGACUACGGCCAUGUAAACAGGUCUUGACAUUCAAUAGGGAAACCGUCCGAAAUUUGAGUCAUGCAAAAUCAACAUGGAAGACAACAAAGUUCAUGUUUUUACGAGCUAGACAGAGAUGAGUAGAAAGUCUCUGCCUCUGUGUGAGACAUUCAUAGCAUGUUACACAUGCGCAAAACAUGAAUCUUCUUGUCUUCCAUGUUGCUUUUUUAUGACUCAAUUUUCGAGCGGUUUCUACUAUGCUUUCGAUAUAUAAGUGUCUAGUCCAGAUGUUGAGACUUGUCUAUAUGACCGUGGAUAAGAAUGUGAUAUUUGGGUUAGAUAUUUCUCGUAAUUUAUUUAUUUGCAGUUAAUAUCUCGAAUAUUUAUACUUAUCGUUCGUGAUUAAAGACUAGUGUUGGGAUGUAUCAUAUAAAAUGUGUACUAAUUAAAAGAGUAAUAUUUAAUCAUUAAUAAGAGUCCUGAAGAAUUGAAAUUUCAAGUCUGAUUCAAAAUGGUCUGUGAAAAAUGUGAAAAGAAAUUAGGGAAAGUCAUAACUCCAGAUCCUUGGAAAAGUGGUGCACGGAAUACAGUAGAAAGUGGGGGACGUAAAGUUGGAGAAAAUAAAGCACUUUCUGCAGGGAAGGCAAGAUUUAAUCCCUAUACUGUUACCUUUGAAACUUGCAGAAUAUGUAGACAGAAGGUACAUCAAGUUGGAUCACAUUAUUGUCAAUCAUGUGCAUAUAAAAAGGCUAUAUGUGCAAUGUGUGGUAAAAAGCUAAUGAGUACAAAGAACUAUAAACAGUCUGCUACUUAAAUAUUAAACUUAAUGGAUUUGUUUGUAAAUUUAUAUUAUGAUAGAUGUAGAUUGGUAUAAAGAAUUUAAUUUGACUUGGACAAAUAUUUUGUCUUGAUAUAAAUAAUAAUUAAAUAUAUAUAUAUAUAUAUAUAUAUAUAUAUAUAUAUAUAUAUAUAUAUAUAUAUAUAUAUAUAUAUAUAUAUAUAUAUAUAUAAGAGUAUUCCUUAUAUUAUUUUAAUAAAAUAUGGUAGGAUGUACAAAAUAUGUUAGUUAGAUGUAUAAUAUAGCAUUAUAUCUAAUUUUGCUUACCUAUUCAUAAACAUGAAUAUACAUAAUAGAUAAACAUAAUAUGAAAACAAAAGUUGAAAGAAUGGAAAUUAUUAAUGUUUAUAUCUGGAAUAUACCUAUUUUGAAAUGCAAUUUACUAAAAUAAAAAAACAUUUAUAAUUUAAAAUAAGGUUAAAAUAGAUAUACAUACAUAUAUCCAUACGAAUUCAUGUUAUUAUUUUUAAGUGGUAAAUCUACACUUAAGUUGCUUUUUUUUUAUCUUAUAUUUAAAAUGUAUUUGAAAUAUAUAUUAUUUUAUAUCUAAAAAUAUUGUUGUCAUAUUUUAUACAAGACAAAAUUUUCACAAACAUAAGUUUAUGUAUUUUGUAUACCGUAACAGCUUUUGCUACUUAAAUAUGCAUUAUAUAUGUUUAAUAUUACUCAAAAUGAAUAUGUAAAUUUUAGCACAAUAAAUUAAACAAUGUUUAACGUAUAAAGCUUAUGAUAUAUAUUACAGAUUUUGGAUUUUUAGAUAGUUACCUUUUUAUUCAACCACUUCAUAAAUAUAUGUUUAGAUACAAUUGUUUAAAUUUUUGUGUAUGUCAUCCAGUAUUUUGUAAUGAAUUUACUUUUAUCAGAUAAAAUUCAGUUGAAAUGACACGUAUACGUCGAAAGUAAAAUUUAUAUCAAAUUGUGGUCCUCAGUUUUUCAUUUGAAAUAUCUUCCGAGUAUAGUCCUCAAUUCGAUGAUAAAUUUUUAUCGAUAAUUUUUUAAUUUAUAGAAGUACGAUCGAUUCCAACGAAAUUGUAAACUAAAUGUGAAGAUAGGAAAAAUAUUUUUAAAAUACAUACAAAUUUGUAUGUUUGUUAUUUUAUACAGCUAAACUAAAAAUUAAUUAUCAUAAUUGUUUAAAUCUUGUUAAGCAUCGAAGAAAACUGGUCUCGUAGCUAUAUAAUGAAAUGAUUAAAAUACAUCAGAUUAUAGGUAUCAAUAACAUAUAUUUACAACAUUUUACAUACAUCAGACGAUUCGAAAAAUUUCGUAUCGUUGCAAGAAGUCUAUUUAAAUACAGAAAACGGAGUUUUGUUUAAUAUAUGUAUGCGUAUUAUAUAGAUACUUUCUAAACUGUUACAUUCGUUUUGUUAGUAAAUACUUGUCUGAUUCUUUAUUUUUAACAUUAAUGUCUAUAAUUUUAUUACAAUAUUUUGCACUUUAUGAUUAUAUAUGGUCCAAUAAAAUCCUUCAUUUUGUUAGAUUCUUAUAUAAUAAGAAUCGUUUACAGUAGAUAACAAUUAAGGAACGCAUAAAAAUAGCAAUAUACAAGAAAUGGGAAUGUUUAAAUAGCAUUGUUUACAGAUUAGUACAAAAUGUCCUUGGACAAUAUUAGCAGCAGAUAAAUACUACUGAAGAUAUUCCCUCUUUUUUAUUUUAAAACUUCAAUUUCUUUUUUUAACAUCGAAAUGAACUAAUCUGUUUUGUUUAAUUUGUUAAGUUAAUACUAAGAAAAAUGUAAAAUCAUUCAACAUGUGACUCAGAUGGAUUUCACAUGUAUAGUACAUUAUUUUGGCGUACAUAUAAAAAAAUUUUACUUAAUUACUUUCCUAAAAAUUACAAACUGUUAUUUAAGUCUUAGUAAUGUUAAGAACUCUAAAGAAAAUUUAAUUAUAAUAAAGUUUUCAUUUUUGAUCAUUUGCCUCUCGAAUUGAAUCAUGCAUAACGAAACAUCCGUAACUGGCCUCUA